UGUCCGCACACGAGCGCAACGCAGAGCAAGAGCAGCUGAGCUAAAAAGAGCCUUGGAAGGGCGGAUGCAAAUCGAUGCACAGCCUGGGUCACCGUUUAUACGCCUGAUUUUGAAGCACGAGGUAUUCCCAAAUGAAUGUUUCGGGCAACAAAUGAGUAUAUCCUAAGAGAACAGUAAAAAAGCGCGGCAAUUGACAGGGCCUGAGCAGUAAGGCUUAUAAUCUGUCAAAAAUACGAAGCACUAAAGAACAGCUUUGCCCCACCCCAACUUCAAUCUAUCAUCAUUGCCACGAACACUUCUCCAACUUGGUUUAGAGUCAAUCAUGAAUUGGCACGUUCCUCGUAAAGCUGAUGGUCGUAUCGAUUUCAAGCCAAGACGUCAUCAUGGAUUCUCAUUCUUUAUCAUGCUUUGUGGUUUCUUAUUACCACCUUUGGCAGUAGCAGUUCGAUUUGGAAUCGGAAAGGAUUUCUUUAUCAAUUGUAUUUGCACAAUUUGUGGUUAUAUUCCAGGUCAUGGACAUAAUUUCUUCAUUCAAAACGUUCGAAAUAACGAACAUCAAAACCGUACACCAAAAUGGGCAAAACGUUAUGGAUUGGUAAGCGAUGAUAAUGAUAAACAAUUGGCAAAAUCUCGUGCUUGGGUUGGAAGGUAUAACGAUCAAAAUGCAACCAGACAAAUGUAUGACGAUGAUGGAAAUGUUUAUGAAUAUGAUCGUCAUCAUAGAUUCGAAGAUGGUGAUAACCCAAGAGCUUCUGCUGCUCGUGCUUCAGCUAGAAGGGCAACAGCAGGAAGCGAUGAAGCAUUUUAUGGCACGCCUGCCGAUAGAGCAGGAUACGGAGGAGGUGGUAUUGGAGGAGGAGCGAAUGGAGACGAUCAUUCUUUGCGCAGAUCAAAGAGUCGUUCCAGCAUUCGAAGUUCCGGUCGUGGUGGCUCGCAUGACGUUCUUCCCGGAUCAGCAGAGGCAGACAGAAGAAAGAACAAGAGCAAGUUUGGAGGUAUCCUUGGCUCACGUAAAGGAAAGGCCGAUAGACAUGCACGUAGCGAACGUGUGAUGCAUGAUUCGGAUUACAACAGCUCACAACGUCGACCAUAUGAUAAUGCCUCCUUUGACAGUUUAGGAGGAAGUAGUAGUGCAAGACAUGAAAGUUUCGAUGGUCCAGAAAAUGCAGAUGAUACAGUCGGUAAGCGAUACGCUCGUAAUACCAACGGAAACGGUCGAUAUGAUGGUCAAGUUGUUCCUUCGCAGAAACGCCAGCCAGCACCUGUUGAUAUCAUGAAUGAUAAUCAUCAAUUCUAAUCUCUUCAUUCUUUCUUCUUGUUCAUUUUGUACCAAUACAUUCUCUGCUUAUUUCAUGAUGUAAUGACCUAUAAUGUGUGCUCUUGGCUAACUCUCACUUCCAUUGAGACAUUUCCUUCAGCCACCGAAUUACGUAGACUCUCCUGGUCUGUG